CGAUAGCAGUCAUCGCUGCACUGUUGCAUUGGGAAGUCGUUUGGUUGUGUUCCAGACUGUCACAUUGCCGUACUCUGAAAUUAUGGCACCGAGAUUCCAAAGAUUCAGAGAUUCAAGUGAAAAAUUUGUUCUGGACGCCGACGUGGCAGAGGUGAACAGAAAAGUGGAAGAAGAUCUGCCAUCUUUUGUGACCAUUUUCGAGGCUGAGAAAGCAGCUUCUGAGUCGUACGCCGGAGCUUGGGCCAAAGCUACAGAGCUAUUCGAGUCCAAGUUCGUAAAAUCUCUUGGUCCUAAGGAAACGAAAAUAGUGAACAAAAACUUGAAUGAUAAGCUACCAGAAUCGCUUCGAGAGAACCCAUCGUAUCUCCUGGUUGCCGUGAUCGUCAUCACUCAAGAGGAUGGCCAAAAUUUCAUUGACGAGUUCCAUGUGGCGACACGGAGCCUCGUGGCAGAACUAGACUGGUCAUCUUACGGUUUUAAGAGCCUUCUGAUGCUUCUUAGUCAGGCCCAACGUAACCUAUCCAGCCGACCUAACCCUGAGAUGAACAAAUUCAUCUUUAGAACCGCUGAUGAGCGCUGGAAUUUGAAUAAGGGACAGCAUCUGAGCUUGGGCUGCUUCUCUUCCUUCACCGUUCGUCGCAACGUUGCCAUGAGACAUCUGAUCCUUCACGAUCCCAGCGCAUCCUCGUAUCGACAUGGGGCGAUUGCUACCAGGCUUCACUCUUUUGAUGGUGCUAUCUUCCAGCCAGUCACUUCGUCCGCCCAAUUACGGGCAUUAUCCGGAGCCGGGAUGCCUACCAUGCAGACCUUAAAGGCAAAAUGCGGACGGCUGGGAAUGACUGUGAACGUGGUCUUUGACCAGGCGUUUCCAGGCAUUAUUUACUCGAAGGGCCACUACGCCGACAAGCGAUGCAAUUACGUGGGAGAAGACAACAAGUUUGGAGCCAAGGAGUUCUCGUUUUUGAUUCCUGUUGACGAUUGCGGGACUGCCGGAGAGAUGGUGAGCGGUCGCUCAACUAAAGAUGGCUUCUACGAGAACACAAUCAUAAUACAGCUGGACCCGCUGAUCACGGAGGUCUCAGUAGAGUUUGACAAGCGGUCCAUCAACACACUCAUGGAGGUGCAGCAAGGACCCAUCCCCCUCGCCGCCCCCGCCUCAGGUUACAUCUACGCCGGCACUGAGUCCUCCAUGGUCAUCUACAUCCAGGAUCCCGGAAAGAAUAUGGACGCGAACGUGGUGAACUGCAGCGCCUCAAACAGAGGCAAAUCUUCCGUGCAACUGCUGGACGAGUCAGGCUGUCUCCUCAGACCUGACCUCAUGACUCGUUUCGACAAGUCCAGAGACAGCAACGGCGUUAGAGCUGAUCUGAUGCUCUACUCAUAUCUCAAAAUACAAAAGUAGCAUAGAAAGCGAGCCUAUGGGCACAGUUUGCAUAAAGUGGUUAAUCACAUGCAGGUUACUGACCGUUUACCCACAAUCUUAACCCGAAUCUUGGCCAUCAAAUUUUCUCAACGACCAUUUACCCCUGAUCAAAACCUGACCAUUACCUUGAUUGACCGAGUGCUCAAAAUAGUUUUUUAACCAUCAUCUUUCAUUAGAAUUUGGAAACUGUUACUAAUGAGCUAGAGCGAUUAUCACAAUAGAAUAAUCCAGCUGAUGAUACACCCGCGGAAGAUACAAUAAUUGUAGUUCAAUUUACUUAUCCCAAAGCUAUCACAUAUUACUAAGUCAAACCAUUAGAACGAUUUCAAAAUUAUUAUCUCUAUUCGAGUACCUUUUCAUUGAUCUGAAUAAUAUUCACAGUGAUUACAUUGCCUGCAAUAUGCCCUUUGCGUAGUUUCAAGAACUGCGUAAUGAAACGUACAAAGUACCAUAUAGUUUUGUGUCGAUAAAAAGAUGAGCACCCAGGUUCUGGAAAGAAUUUCAAAAAAUUAAAGCAAUUAUACAUCACAGAGAAGUAUCUUCCAUUUUGACACUCGAUCUAGGUUAUUAGUAACGAGCAGUUUCCAAAUUUUAUUAAAGCAGGUGGUUAAAAAAUAAUGUGAGCGCUCGGCCAAUCGAGGUAAUGGUCAGGUUUUUAUCGUGGGUAAAUGGUCGUUAAUAAAAUUUUGAUGGCCAAGAUUCGGGGUAAGAUUGUGUGUAAGUGGUCAAUGACCUUUGAUUAACUCGUUUAUGCAAAUUGGGUCAUAGACUUGCUUUCUAUGCUGCUUACGAAUUUAUUAUAUAAUUUAAUGUUUAGUCAAUUACAUAUUUUAAAAGAAAUGUGCACUUUGAAUGGCGCAAGAAUUCCUCAAAACCCUUGACAAACGAUUAUGAUUCAAGAGCCUAUUUCUACAAUAAAAUUUACCAUUAAGUCCACUGAGAUUAAUGAAAUUUCAAGUUUGUCUUUUGCGAGCACUAUUUCUAAGUAUCGGUCCUCUUUAAGAAUCCUAUUCUAAAUUUCGACAAGAUUUUGAUGCAAGCAAAGCAGCUGAUUUUGUAAUCCGUUGCGAGCUUGAGCUCUGCAAGGGCUCAAGCCACUGCCAUGCUUCGAGGCCAACACUCGCAAGAGGAGAAGCGUCCGAGGCGACGCUUUUGACCGCGUGUCACCGCAUGAGGGGGCGUUCUCUCACGAAUCUGUUGAAGGUCUCAUCGAACUAAAAGAA